AAUAUCAACAAUCCUAGAAAAAACAAGGCGCGCAAUCUUCUUGACAUACAUUUUUGUGGACACUGAAAAAUAUCUGCUUUGGGGGAUACUUUAGUUCAAUAUGAGUGGGUUUUCCGGUAAACGAAAAUAUCCAGCGAACGGCAAUAUUGCAAGAAAUGGUCAAGCAGCAGGAGGAAAACAGCAAAAACAAUGGAACGAUGAAGAGGAUGAUGACUUCGAUGGCAUGGAUGCUGAUAUAGCGGGUGACGCCUUUGGUGAAGAUGUAGAUCCAAGCAUCUUGGUAGGCGAAGGGCCAGAAAAUCAACAAACCUCCGUGAAAUGGUCUCGUGUUGAUCCACCUAAACUAGACCCUUCUUCCGAUGAAUUAGUAUUUCAGCAGAUUGACAUUGAAAAUUAUUUGGGCGAACCUUUGCCAGGCAUGCCCGGAGCGCAAAUUGGACCAGUACCAAUAAUACGUAUGUUUGGUAUUACUAUGGAGGGCAACUCAGUGUGUUGCCAUGUGCAUGGUUUUUGUCCAUAUUUCUACAUUGCGGCACCUCGCAGUUUCGAACGUAAUCAUUGCCAUGCUUUGCGUGAAGCUUUAGACAAAAAGGUGCUGGCCGAUAUGCGCAGUAACAAGAAUAACGUGCAGGAAGCUGUGUUAAAAGUUGAGCUUGUAGAACGUCUAAACAUUUUUGGUUAUCAAGGCGAUGCGCUGCAGCGUUAUAUAAAGAUAACAGUAACAAUGCCUAAAUUGGUGGCAGCAUCUGUGCGUCUACUUUCCAAUCAGAUAGUGUUGUCUGACUUUGAUUUUCAGGAUUGCCGUGCCUUCGAGAGCAAUAUCGAUUUUGAUAUACGAUUUAUGGUAGACACACAUGUAGUGGGUUGCAACUGGAUUGAGCUACCUGCAAGGGCUUGGCGUAUUCGGGACAAAAAUUCAAAACCUUUACCUGAGUCACGUUGCCAAAUCGAAGUAGAUGUGGCAUAUGACAAGUUCGUAUCACAUGACCCCGAAGGAGAAUGGGCAAAAGUGGCACCUUUUCGCAUUCUCUCUUUUGACAUUGAGUGCGCUGGUCGCAAAGGUAUUUUUCCCGAAGCCAAAAUGGAUCCAGUUAUACAGAUUGCAAACAUGGUAAUACGGCAGGGCGACCCAGAGCCGUUUAUAAGAAACGUGUUUACCUUGAACAAAUGUGCGCCCAUCGUUGGUUCGGAUGUUCGUUGUUUUCCGAAAGAGACUGAACUACUAGAUGCCUGGUCGAGUUUUGUGCGGGAAAUUGACCCGGAUAUAUUAACAGGCUAUAAUAUAAAUAAUUUUGAUAUACCUUAUCUUUUAAAUCGAGCUGCUCAUUUAAAGGUGAAUAACUUUGAAUAUCUUGGACGUAUUCGGAACAUACGUUCAGUUAUUAAAGAGCAAGUGCUGCAGUCAAAGCAAAUGGGUCGCCGAGAGAAUAAGUAUGUCAACUUUGAGGGUCGCGUACCUUUCGAUCUGCUUUUUGUGCUGUUGCGAGACUACAAGCUACGUUCGUAUACGCUAAAUGCUGUGAGCUAUCACUUCUUACAAGAGCAAAAAGAAGAUGUACAUCACAGCAUUAUCACAGAUUUACAAAAUGGAGAUGAGCAGACUCGUCGACGAUUGGCUAUGUAUUGUCUAAAGGACGCAUACUUGCCUUUAAGACUGCUCGACAAACUAAUGUCCAUCGUAAACUUUAUGGAAAUGGCUAGGGUCACUGGAGUGCCUUUAGAAUCAUUACUCACACGUGGUCAGCAAAUAAAAGUAUUGAGUCAACUCUUACGUGCAGCGCGUACCAAAAACUUCAUAAUGCCUGCGUAUCAAUCAAAAGCGUCCGAGGAACAGUAUGAGGGUGCGACAGUUAUCGAACCAAAGCGAGGUUACUAUGCAGAUCCAAUAGCAACGCUCGAUUUUGCUUCACUAUAUCCUAGUAUUAUGAUUGCACAUAAUCUCUGCUAUACAACGUUGGUGCAGCCAGGCAUGAAGGAGCGUUUAGGGCUUACCGAUAAACAAGUUGAACGAACGCCAGCUAAUAACACGUUUGUGCGUGCCGAAGUGCGUCGUGGGCUUCUCCCAGAGAUUCUGGAAUCGUUGCUGGCGGCGCGUAAGCGUGCCAAAAAUGACUUAAAGGUAGAAAAAGAUCCUUUUCGACGUAAAGUGCUCGAUGGUCGACAAUUGGCGUUGAAAAUAUCUGCUAAUUCUGUGUAUGGCUUUACUGGGGCACAAGUUGGUAAACUGCCCUGUCUUGAAAUAUCAGGCAGUGUUACGGCUUAUGGACGCACAAUGAUCGAGUUAACAAAAAAUGAAGUAGAGCAGCAUUAUAAAAUUGCCAACGGCUAUGAAAAUGAUGCCGUUGUAAUCUAUGGCGACACUGAUUCCGUGAUGGUUAAUUUUGGUGUCAAAGGUUUAGAACGCGCAAUGGAGCUUGGUCGUGAAGCCGCAGAUAAAGUAAGCGCAAAGUUUGUGCGGCCCAUUAAAUUGGAAUUCGAAAAGGUCUACUACCCAUAUUUGUUGAUCAAUAAAAAACGUUAUGCGGGAUUGUAUUUUACGCGUCCAGAGACUUAUGACAAAAUGGACUGCAAAGGCAUUGAAACCGUGCGUCGUGAUAACUCACCGCUCGUUGCGAAUCUCAUGAAUACUUGCCUGCAAAAGCUACUCAUCGAACGUGAUCCUGAUGGCGCUGUCGACUAUGCGAAACGUGUAAUAGCUGAUUUGCUUUGCAAUCGUGUGGACAUUUCCCAGCUGGUGAUUACUAAAGAGCUGGCAAAAACAGAUUAUACUGCCAAGCAAGCGCAUGUGGAGCUAGCAAACAAAAUGAAGAAACGUGAUCCUGGCACUGCACCUAAGUUGGGCGACCGUGUGCCUUAUGUCAUUUGUGCGGCAGCAAAAAAUACACCCGCCUACAUGAAGGCUGAAGAUCCAUUGUAUGUGCUGGAGAAUUGUGUGCCUAUCGAUGCGAACUACUACCUAGAGAAUCAGCUAUCGAAACCAUUGUUGCGCAUAUUCGAGCCACUGCUAGGCGAUCGCGCCGAAUCUAUUUUACUGAAGGGUGAGCACACACGCACGCGUGCGGUGGUCACGUCAAAAGUUGGUGGUCUCGCCGGUUUCAUGACAAAGAAAUCCUCGUGUCUUGGUUGUCGUGCGCUUAUGCCUGCUGGCUACGAAAAAGCGGCGCUAUGUCCGCAUUGUGAGCCACGCAUGAGCGAACUUUACCAGCGCGAAAUACUAGCAAAGCGCUCUCUUGAAGAGACGUUUUCUAGUUUAUGGACCGAGUGCCAGCGUUGCCAAGGCUCCUUGCAUGAGGAAGUGUUAUGUUCGAAUCGUGAUUGUCCGAUUUUCUAUAUGCGUCAAAAGAUACGCAUGGACCUGGAUACGCAGGAGAAACGUGUGCAGCGUUUCGGGCCGCCGGAUUGGUGAACUGUUUAUUUUUGUAUUGUGCAUGUUUAGCGUUUAACUGCUGCUAGAGAAUGAUAUUAUUUUGCUUUUUUACUAAAUGGAUAUCUGAUAUUCAGCUUGCUUGGGAAGAAUAAAUUUAAUCGUUAAAAAAUUUUAAAAAAUCUUGGGCUAUUCUAUUGUAGGCAGAACCGUUGAUGGAAGGAGAUGCAGGCAGAACCAUGAUAAAAAAUUACUGGUUUAAACAUGGCAAGUUCGCAGAAACAUUAGAAAUCUACUUUAGUCUUUUCGAUAUAGAACCUGGUAAAUAUUUAUCAGUAUGUACAUACAUAUAGUUACUAGCAGCAAUCCUGAAACUGCGGAAUUUGUACGCUGUUACAACAACAACUAUAACUUAGGAACGACUCGCAAAGUCAGUAAGUUUAUCUAUAUGAAAAGCGUUGCUAAGAAAACUGAUAAGAUUUAAUGUACCGUAGUAAUUAUAUAAUCGCACAUGAAGCUAGGGCCGAUGUGAUUUGUAAAAAAUUACGUCAGCCACCUUUCCUCUGUAGUACAUGUUGAAGUUUGAGAUUUUUUUGUG